AUGGAGUCUCCAACGACAUCACAUAUGAAUGCUGUUAAGCAGAUUCUUAGAUAUGUGAAAGGAACUCUUGAUCUUGGAAUUGUGUACAAGAAGAAUCAAGAGUGUGAGGCGCUGAUUGGGUAUAGUGACAGUGAUCUUGGAGGAGAUACAGAUGACAGGAAGAGCACAACUAGAAUUUUAUUUUUCCUUGGUGAAAGUCCAAUCACUUGGGUUUCACAAAAACAGAGAAUUGUUGCACUUUCGUCAUGCGAAGCCGAGUACAUUGCAGCAACAGGAGGUACAUGUCAAGGAAUAUGGCUUACAAAGAUAAUUGCAAGUUUAAGAGGCAAUAAUCAAGUCAAACCUAUUCUAAAGAUAGACAACAAGUCAGCAAUCUCGUUAGCCAACAAUCCAGUACAUCAUGAAAGAAGUAAACAUAUCGACACAAGGUUCCACUUCAUUCGUGAUGCUGUAAAAAAUGGACAUGUCAAGAUAGAUUACACGAGCAGUAUAUGCGGUGGCAGAUAUUCUGACUAA